ACUGGCACCGUACAUUGAGUCAUUGAGUACAGAAAAAUGCAGCUUGCCAAAGAUCACCAUGACCAUUCCCAGCCCCGCCGUACCUCCUCCUCGUUCCAUUCUUAUAGCAGUGUCUCUCCUACGCAGCCUGCAUUAGGUAGUCUGAGACACCUGCAGAAAGGAACUCUCUACAACUGUGCGACAGGGAAAACUGUUUUGACCUCUUCAAAACAAAUACUUAGCACUUCUUUGACAGGCUCUUGGAAAGAUAAUCAGAUCCUAAUUAUUAAAUCAGAAACCCCGUACGUUGCUCAGUUGGAAAUUGGUCUGCAUGAAAGCAAAGUAACAAGGAUCAGUGGUGAAGUAUUUGUAGACACUACACCUUUAUACUCCAGUACAGUCCAGAUCAGUAGCGGGCAAGUGCUGACACUAGGUGAUUUAAAAAAUCAGUUUGAAUUUCAUCUGAGUACAAAGACUAGAAAGCUACCAAGAAGCCCGAUUUUUGGUCUCAAACUCAACACGAUGGACUCUCCACGAAAGAAACCUCUCCUUCCUCCAGUUGAUCGUCCUCUUUCCUCUUCGCUCUCUGAGUCAUGUCUCUCUACUGCUAGCCACCAAAUGAAUGGCUCGUUACAGCAAACGCUUAGAAGAGUCUCACGUGAAGUGAUGCUACGUAAAAAGGGCGAGAAGGAUCCAAAACAACCUCUUCCCCCGGCAUAUGAACAAGUAGGGAAUAGCAUUGGCUACCAGUUAUUGCUACAGUCUCAUCCAAAUGUGUCAGAGAAGCUCAUUAACAGCAUGUACCCACUGCUGAAGGAGCUUCAUUCCAGUAGUGAGUGGCUAUUCUCUGAUUAUCUUGACGCAUACAACGAGAGUCUUAAGACUAAAGCCACUCCACAAUGUCUCCAUCCGUCUGAUUUACCUACUGUCAAGUUCCUUGUUGAUCUCUCUGUACAUGUAUCCUCCCUACCACCUGAUUCCCAGCAGAAGUUCCUAAAACCAGAUCCAGCUCUUUGGAUGCAGCUACUGGUCAUUUUUAGUGCUGCAGAACAGAACAGACAAGCUAUGGUUGAUCAUCGCUGCCCGUCAAAAAUUGUUGGUUGCAUGAACCUCACAUCAAUGGCUGACAACAAAGAGCUCCAAUCCUAUAGUUGGGAGAUAUUGUCAAACAUACUAUCUGUUCCUACUCCUCCAGACAAGAAACCGCCACUUCACUUACAAGCAUUGACUUUACUGAUGAGUCACAUUAAGAGACAGUUUGAUCAAUAUUCGCACCGUAACGAUCUGAUCAAGACCAUCUUAUCGUUUGUAUCCAAUUUGUGUGCUACUGUUAGAACUUGUGCUACUACUAGUACUUGUGAUCCUGACCACCCUUUGCCUUAUUCACAAAGCUAUGCUAGAGAUGUGUUCAAGCUCAUAGAAGAGAGUGAGUUAAAACAAACUAUACUGGAUCUCCCAGAAUUCCUUCAAACAGACGAACUCGGUGCUCUCAUUACAAACAUACUAAUAUCAAUGGCACCACUACCUGCACCUCCUCGUAAAGUGCCUCCACCUAAACCGAAGCGAAGUCGCUGUCAUACUCAAAUUAUUUUUGAUCCUCCGAAUGAUUUGGCACUAUUGGGUAAGUUGGGAGCUAAGCCUUCAGGAAAGACAACUCAUCGUAAACUUCCAGAGAUACCACUAGCAGUCACUUAUAGCAAAUCAACUGAAAACCUUUACGAGAGGGUUGAUGGACAAGGAAGUACCAAGCGUCAAUCUGGUAAAACCUCUCAUUCACCGACAUCUUCCAAUUCAGUUUAUGUCAAGUCCAGUCGGAGUCAAAGUAUACCUGGGAUAUUAGUGACACAGGACUCAUUCCUCCAUCAAAGCAGCAGUGGCUCACCAUCACUAGAGAAGCCUAAUAAAGCUAUUGACAGUGAGAAGCCAAUGGUUAGUAAUGGCUUGCCAAAAGAUAAACCAAAAUUGGACUGGGAUGUGGAGAGAUCCUUACCAGCUCAAUUAUCACCUUCUUCUAAUGGCAGUCAUUCUAGCAACAGGACGAGUCUUGAGCAAUCCUUACCAGCACGCUAUUUGAAGCUAUAUUCACCUUUAAGGGAAUCAAUGUAUAAGCGCUCAUCAGCAAUGGAGCUGAUAAUGCCUAGCCAUUUAAUGUCUAGGUCACCUACUGAGGAAAUACUUACGGCAUCAGUGUCUGCAAGGCAAGCUUUUGAUCCUGAGAAACCAAUUACUGAUUCAAUGGUAAAUGGUACACCCAAUGAAAAUCCAACAUUGAGCUCAGCACGUUCUGUGCCCUCUCAUUUGGACACCAUCUCUUUGGAAGGCAAUGAAGAGGAUGAAGAGCAAUCUCUCCCAGUCCACUAUACUCUGCCACAUAAAAAAUCUAAUUUAUCCGAUUCAAAUCUUUUAGCAUCAAAGCCAUCACCUCCUAGAGUGGAAAGUCGUGCCUCUCCCAGUGUCACUGAUCAUUACUCAUUGAUUUCUGAUUCUGAUUCUGAGAAUUCAUCGAUCAGUAGUAUACAUGAUGAAAGAUCGCGUCGUCUUUCCAGCCCAAGGCCUUUAUCACAUCAUAGCAGAUUAUCCCCAACCAAUGAAAGGAGCUCUUACCUUAAGGCGGUCACCUCAUCGCAGCAAAUUUCACCCAAAUUGAAAUCCAAAGAGGUUGAGAAUGAGACUGAAACAUUAUCUCAGUCUGAUAGAAAGAAACUAUUAGAUGACAUUAUUGCCUUGUGGAAGAGAGGGAAGGCAAUGCAAGCUGCUUCCAAAUGCACGCUUGCCUGCUUCUUUACUGGUUCAAGUAAUAAUGUCCAGUUGUUCAUGGAUUGUUUGUCAAAAUUUUGUGAUGACUUUAAGCAUUGUACGAUUGGUGUGUGUAUCAUACUCUUACCAUUUGUAAGACAAGUAGUAGUAACUGAGACUGAUAUCAAGCAUAUAAAGAUAAUUUUCAACACUCUGUCUCUUAUUACUGAGAAUUUUUCAUCAAAUAUAACCAAUAUAAAGAAAAAGGCGUCUCAUACAAGUGAUGUAGAGCAAAAGCAGGCUUGCUAUCACGAGCUCCAUCUUGUAUUCUUCUCAUUAUCAAAAAUAGCGAUAACUGAUGUUGUUCUAUCAACUCUUGUGGACAAAAUCAAAAAUUUAUUAAAACCAUUUGCCAAUCCUCUCUCUUCAUUGUGAUCAUGUUAAUCUAUUCAUGCAAUACAUAAUAAUUUUUAUUCAUGAUAUCUGUCUGUAUAGACUUUUAUAUUGCAACA